UACUGCACGAUCAAUUAACGGUAUAUCCUCACCUUUCCCAACGUCCUCUUAUGUGAUUUUGUUUUACAACCGGUGGGAGCACAGUCACAGACCUGUUUUAACAGAAGGCGGACGCGAGCUGGCAGUGAAUUGAAGAACAUUAGAUCAAACUGCACCUUUCAAUUACGCUCGUAGAUUGGCAAGAUUAAGUAGACAUGCAAAAGAAGUAAUUGUACGAACAACUUAGAAACUUUAUCGGUAGUACGUCUGGUUCAUUUCGUGUCUCAGUGGAUGUCCGAUGUACAAAGUUAACCAGUUGAAGUAAAAUAAGUGAAAUUUGAAUAGAAGUGAACCGAUUUUCUUCUUUAUCUUGCCAGGAUGUCCACUUUGAGGAAAUGGGCUCAGAACACUCAAAAUAAAUUGAAUAUAAAAAACAACAACACAAAUGGAACUAAUGGCGAGAGGAAAUGGAUUCAUCCGCCUGGUACUCUGCAAAAGGGCCAUAUUGCCUACCUUGUCAAGUUUCUCGGAAAUAUUGUUGUAGAUCAACCAAAAGGUAUAGAUGUUGUAAAAGAAGCAAUUAGGAAAUUAAGAUUCACUCAGCAAUUACGUAAAAGCGAAUCAGGUGCCAAAACAAAGAAGGUCGAAUUAACAAUAAGUAUAGAUGGAGUAGCCAUUCAAGAACCCAAAACUCAUGUAAUUCUUCACAUGUUUCCAUUGCAUAGGAUAUCGUAUUGUGCCGAUGACAAUGGUGAAAAGCGAUUUUUUUCAUUUAUUGCCAAACAAACAAAUCAAGUCGAUAGCGAUGCUGAAGAAACCCACGAAUGUUUUGUAUUCAUAUCCGAUAAGUUAGCUGAAGAAAUUACUUUAACCAUAGGUCAAGCCUUCGAAUUAGCCUAUAAAAGAUUCUUAGAAACCUCUGGGAAGGAUUUAGAAGCUCAACGACGAGCAAUCAUAACCCAACAAAGGAUAAAACGGCUUGAAUUGGAGAAUAAUAUUUAUAAAAUGAGAUUGUUGUUCUUGUCGCAGCUCAGUAGUUGUAAAGCAGAUUUAGACCAAUAUUUGAGAAAGCACGAAAUAAAGAAUAUACUGGAGAUACCACCCAGUAAUAAUAAUGCAAAAGUAACAACGGAAGAGGUAGUGAACAAAGUAGAAACUAAUGGAAAAACUGAUGAACUUUUGGACUUAACGUCCGAAGUUAAUCGUAAUGGAAAUGCACCGCCCGUGCCACCAAGAAUCUUCGAUAGCAAUCCAUCGCCAUCUGUGGGUACUAAAUUGGAAGGAUUAUUGUUGAACGAAUUCGAUCAAGAAGAUAACGAUUUCGAUCCUAGAUCCUUCGAACAAACCAAUGAAACCUUAGCACCUAAAGCACCUCUGAUUGCUCCCCCACCAAAGGCCCCACGUAAACCUAAUAUGAAUAAUAAUAUAAUCGAGAAUAAUUUGCCUGAUGUUUGGAGUUCACCUUUCACGCCAGAGAGCCCAUCCACCAAUAGCCUCACAAGUCCAAAGAUCCUAGACCCUUUCGAAAUGGGAGAUUUCGGAAAUACAACAACUACUCAGGACAUCGAGAAUGCUUUAGGUUUAUUGGAUAAAAAAAUUUUGGAGAUGAAAACAGGGUUCAGCCGUGGUAUUUCUUUUGGUAAUGAUGAUUUUUCCUUGGAGAGUUUGGAUCCGCUGAAGAACUGAGGUACUGUUAGGAAACUGGAGCAAUGAGCUUAUGGAAUUAUGAAGUGAUAAAUUAAUUAAUCAGCUUUUUCGUUGUAUUGAUAUUAAUUAUAAAUUAUAUAUGAACAAAAUUUUAAAGAAAUAUAUUUUUCGAAUGCAAUGUAAUGUACCUAUUGAAUGUUAUAUCUACGAUUUAUACUGAGAUUAGAUAUAGUUAAAAAUAUAAAAGUGAAAAAUUUA